CUAUAUUUUAUGUUGAUUACGCUAAAGAUGAUGUCAGACUGUCCUGCAGGUUGUCAAUAUCCUGUGACAACGCUUGAGUGCCGUGUUAAAUAAUGCGAAACAUACAAAUUGGACACACUGCGUGAUAAUUUAUCCUAAACAGUUACAUAAUAAUUUGAGGCCAAAAUUGAAAGUUAACAUUCAAAGCCUCCAUCGAGGAUGAAUUAUUUACUAUUUUUCUUGUCACUAAAGAAUUGAAAGAAUGCCCUGCAAUACUUGUCAAGCAAAAUUUUCGGUCUUUACGAAGGAAAUUGGUUGUCCUGCAUGUGGCUUUUCUCAUUGUAAAAAGUGUCUCAAGUAUAAAUGCGAGAUUCCUAACGUAGGAACGAAGAAGGUUUGUGGACCUUGUUACAAUAAAUUGAGCAAAAUGAGCAACUCGAGUCCCGAGGACGCUACGAAUGAUACAUUGAUGUCUGAUGCAAACGAAAAAUUAAAACUGUUUUCUAUGGUGGAUGACGUUGUUAUGAAGUUGGAUUCAUUAGAAAAUCCAGCAAAACCUCCAAUAGUAAUGUACAAGCAUACAAGUCACUGGGACAAGCUUAAGAAAGGACUGGAGCCAGCUGAUCAGCAAAUUGUAGACAGGCUACAAAAGCUGAAGGACGACAAGCGAAACCAUCCAUUACCCACAGACGAUGAGAUCAAGCAAAGACUGGCGCUAUUAAAAGAUCAAGAUCCAGAGGCCAAUAGGAGUAAGACGAUAAAUAUACAUCAAGUAGAUACCAGAACGGAUCAACAGAAAGCAGAUGAUUUAAUUCAACAAUAUUAUGAGCAGCUGCAACUUGCAUCAGCCAAUGAUCCUUAUACAGAGAUCCAAGGGAGACUGAUGGCACUACACAAAGAUGAUGAUGUUUAUUUUAAUCAAAAUAAAGGAAAAGAAAUGCAAGAUAUGACAAUUAACGUAACGGAUGAUGACAGUGACGAUGAUGUGAAAUCGGUCAACAAGCUUAUAGCAUCCUUAAAGUUACAACAAAUGGAUGAUUUAAGUGAGGAGUUGGAUGUAUCUUCAGCUAGUGAUCCCUCUGAUCAAAGUCGGGAAAACUCCGAAGAAGAACCGCGAAGUGAUGAUAAAACCAUUUGAUGAACCACAAAAGAAAUUGUGGUUUUAUGCGGAUGGGAGAUAGAUAAGUGGGUAAGAUGCUUGUAAGCUGCGAGUGAAUGAAACUUGUGUGGGUAUACAAGUUGUACUCCAGAUGCAAAUAUACUCUACUGCUUUACAUGCUUUAAAAAUUUCAAUACUUGUGGUGAAAUGAUGAACAAACAUCACAGCAUUGAUUUAUAACUGAGCUGUGGUAAAAAUUAUCUUCUAUAAAAAUGUUAUUGUACUAAACUUGAUAGAUUGUUCUUUGAGUCUUUAAAAACCGAAUUAUCACUUGCUUUAACUACAUCAUUUUAUAUAACUUUGGUCAUUGUUAUUGAUUUACAAAUUUUAUUAGCUUGUUUUAUCACUGUACAAUAGGUACAAUAUUGCAUGCACGUAUGAAUAUGUAUAAGUAUAUUAUAAUGUAUUAAUUCUAUUGUAUAAAUAUUAUUUUUCACAA